CGCUGCAUUCGACGAUGACGUUUGUAUCAUUCCAUCGAUAACAUGGCGUUUACUUUGUGGAGCCUUUUUGAAGCAACUCUGCUGUGUUUGAACGCGAUUUGCAUCUUAAACGAAGAGAGGUUCCUUUCUGGUGUUGGUUGGGCAUCAUGGCAGAAUGUCCAAGGCUUUGGUGAACCUCCUACAGUAAAAACAAAAGUAUUGCAUUUGGUCACAUCCAUAAGGACUGUGGUUCGAGUUCCAUUGAUAUUCUUAAACAUAGUAACAAUAAUUGUGAAACUGGUGCUUGGGUGAGAAGGGAUAAUUCUUUAAGGUGUAUAUAAAAAGGACAAAUGUGCUGUGAGAAGCUUAAACAUUCAGUGAUGUACAUAAGUGAACCAAUUAAAUUCCUUUAUUUUUA